AUGCACCCCUCAAAUGGAAAAUAUUGCAUAUUGGCGGUUAUUGGUUGUUUGCUGGCUUUUCUUUCGACUACGCAAGGGUUCCCCGAUGGUGCUCCGGCCGAUACGUGCGUAAAAAGUCGUACCAACGAACCGAACCAUGGUGCAGCACGCAGUCAAAGCCAGGCGUCGCUACCUUAUCAGGUGACGGCAAGCGGCAAUGCGUACGGUCCCGGUACCCAGAUUCAGGUCACGAUACACGGACACCAGGAUGUGUUCCGGGGAUUUUUCCUGCAGGCACGCGAUGCACAGACGAAUGAAUGGAUUGGUUCGUGGUACGAGACGCCAAACACGAAAACCAUCCCAGAGUGUUCAUCGGUGACGCACGCCGACAACCGGGACAAGGAACAGGCCACCUUCGUCUGGCAGGCUCCAAAGGACCGCCAAGGGCAGGUGUACUUUACCGGAACAAUUGUGAAAAAUUAUGGUACCUACUGGGCUAAUGUGAUUGCUGCCGUACCCGGUGCGUUAGGCCGCCAUCUGUAG